UCCUUGAACCAUCACCGAGAUGACACGACCUCAAUUCCAACAAUUCCGAAGGACUGAGAACAUCAUUGAAGAGGUUUGUGUCAGAACUGCUUCUACCGAUGCAGGCAAUGGCAACUCGCUCUGCCAUGUGCGCUUGGAAGACAUUCGAGAGCUGUUUCCAGAUGCACAGCGAUUCAAAUUGGAUGGACAGUCCAUCCCAUUCCUUGUUCACUCUACUGGUCACAGAAUCGAACCUCCAUGUAUUGCAUUUUACCCUAACAAGGUCCUGGAUGUCAUUACAGAAAUACCGCAGAGCAGCUGCCAAAACAACUCCGCCGUCCGCUCGCCAACAUCGAGAUGGUCGGAAAAUUCGACUCUUCAGGACUCUUCUUUACAAUCUUCGGACUCAUCUCAUAUAGCUCAUAAUGUCGCGCAAAUCGAUAUGGACGAUCCUGGCUUUGAGCAGAUUAAAGAGUUGCUCUUGCAAGUGAAAGAGAAGGACAACGAGAUGCUUAAAUUGCAAUCAGAGAUGGCUAAACUGCAAUUGAAAGCUGAGGAGAAUGACAGGAUGCUCAAACUGCAACUGGAGGUGUUGAAACUGCAACUGGAAGCCAAACAAAAGGACGACGAGAUGCUGAAACUACGGUUAGAGGCUAAAGAGAAGGAUGAAAUGAUCAUUGGCUUGCAACAGCAAGCUUUCAAUAGGCUUGCCAUCCUCCAAAAGCAUGUUAAUACUAUCCUCUUCCAGACUUUUGAGUUACAAAACUCUCUAUUUCCUCGACUGUUUAUACUUCUGCCUGUUGAACAUAUAAAGUGGGAUCUAACAAAUACCUUGAAAAACAGGGUCCGCCUUCAAUUCCUCUGCGAAUGUGACGACCACAUCGUAACUCCUAGCAAGGGCAGCCAGAACCAAAUCCAUAUUGUCCAACAUGAUGGAUAUGAGAUCCGAAAUAGCACGGAGUUCUUCCGCAAGUAUGGAAAGCACAUGCUUGUCCUUUUAGAAUGGCUCAAGUUGAGGAUACUGUCGUCCGCUUCUUUGGCAUCUGUCCCAAGGCUGGCAAAUGCUAAGAUUGAUUAUUCGCUUCAGUAUAUGAAAGCACUCUCUAUUGAGUAUCCGAGCCUGAGCGACAUCAACAUAGCUGAAGGCUACAGAGGACUUGAAGGACCUGAUCUUCAGCAGCUAGGCACUUUUCUUCAGAUCAACAAUGAAGACAAACAACUUGGCAACUUGUACAGGAUCACGACCGAAACAGGCCAUGUCAAAUGGAUUUGUGUCGAUCACUAUCGUUCGACAUUCAAAGAAAAAGAGCAGGAAGUAUUUGCAAAUUCAAUCAAGGUGUAUAAUGGCAAAUACGACCCAAACCUUGAUAAAGCGACUAUUAUAUUGCGCUCCAGGGCUGGCGCUGAGGAUUUCUUCAGUACUCUGAGAAAUGUCAGAUGUGUUCAUGAGUUGGAUAUUACAUUCAGCUGGGAUUGGACCGAGAUUGAGCUUGAAGCAUUUGGAAAUGCACUAAAGGCUUCAAGUGUAUCAACCCUUCGACUUGAGCUCGACCAAUGUCAAGAUAGUAACAACAGGAAAGCAUUCUCAACACCCACAUAUUAUAGAAUAAUACUUACUCGCAUCAUUGGACUUAACAAUCUGAAAAGAAUUCAUAUAGUCUUAUCCCAGGACCUCCUACAGCUUUCUAUUUUACAGCCCAAAAGACUGCCACACCUUCAAAAAUUUUCCUUUGAGAUUAGGCCUCGAGGCAUUGGAGCCAGUUAUUUCCAAGUACUUGUGGAGUCGCUCAAGGUCUUCACGGUUUUGACCAUCUUGGACUUGGGUUGGAAUUCAAUUGGAAACGAACAAUCUCUGGCACUGGCAGAGGCACUCAAGGACAACACGACUUUAACCACUUUGAACUUGACAUGGAACUCAAUCGGGAAGGGAGGAGCUCUGGCGCUGUCAGAAGCACUCAAGACUAACACGACCUUGACCGCCUUGAACCUAAGCUGUAAUUCAGUCGGGAAAGAAGGAGCUCUCGCACUGUCGAAAGUUCUCAAAGUUAAUACAACUUUGACUACCCUGAACUUGAGUUGGAACUCAAUCGGAGUUGAAGGGGUUCUGGCCCUGUCAGAGGCACUCAAAGUUAACACGACGUUGUCCACUCUGGGCUUGGAGCGCAAUUCGAUUGGGGAUGGAGGAGCUCUGGAACUGUCAGAGGCGCUCAAAAUAAACACGGCUUUGACCACUUUGGACUUGAAUCGUAACUCAAUUAGAAAAGCAGGAGCUCUAGCACUGUCAGAGGCGCUCAAGGUCAACGUGACUUUGACUAUCUUGGACUUGAGUUGGAACUCAAUUGGAGAUGAAGGGGCCCUGGCAUUAUCAGAGGCACUCAAGUCUAACACGACUUUGGUAUCUUUGGACCUGUGGCUCAACUCAAUUGGGAAUGAAGGAGCUAUAGCCCUCUCAAAGGCACUCAAGUCUAACAUAACUUUGAGGUAUUUGAGUUUAAGAGAGAAUUCAGUUGGAAAUGAAGGAUCUCUGGCAUUAUCGUGGGCACUCAAGACCAACACGGCUUUGAGCGUUUUGGACUUGGAUUGGAACUCAAUUGGGGAUGAAGGAGCUUUGGCAUUAGCAGAGGCGCUCAAGCUUAACACGACUUUGACGACCUUGAAGUUGCAUCGCAACUCAAUUGGAAAUGAGGGAGCUUUGGCGCUGUCAGAGGCGCUCAAGGUCAACGCAACUUUGGGCACUUUGGGCUUGGAACGAAACCCGAUUAGGAUGGAAGGGGCUUUGGCACUGGCUGAGGCGCUCAAGUUCAGUCCUACUUUGACCACUUUAAAACUAGGGGACAACACUCCAAUCUCCGUUGACAAGGGUGCACAGGCCAAAUAUCGCUUUGGCCCUUCCUUGAGCAUUAUCCGUGGAGCCCUAUGCCUGGUAUGGGCCCACAUUGUCUGGUCGUGUGUUGAGUGGUUAAGGGAAAUAUACGUAGUUUAUUACAAAUAAACAACUGUC